AUGCACUUAACACUUGUUGUUCUCCUUGUAUUGAUUCCAUCAAUAACAACUUUGAAAUGUUAUAUAUGUAAUUCGAAUGAAGAUCCUAAAUGUACAAGUACAAAUGCAGAUGAUUUAGCAGCAUUUGCAAGGGAUUGUACCGUUCCUGUUGAACCAUACUGUCGUACAAUAACUCAAACAGUUAAUACAGAUAAAAGUAUUGUCCGCACAUGUGGUUCAAGAGUAACAUCAAAAAGUUGUUAUAAAACUGCUGGACUCAAUAGUGCCAAUGUUUGUUCGUGUAAUUCCGAUCUUUGCAAUAGUGCACCAAAGUUCAAUCAACCGCAACAAAUAAUGACGAUUCUUUCGUCAAUUAUUGUUAUGGCAACAGCGCUCAUUAUGCUCCGUUAA